AUGGCCUAUCUACUGACAUUCGGCAUUAUUGCGGCCCUAUUCUUGGCCAGCAUCUCGCUGUACCGCUAUGGCAACAUACCACGUCAGCAUAUCCUGGUCACCCUGUCCGUGCUGACAGCCUGGUGUUUCUCGUUCCUGAUUGUCUUCACCAUUCCGCUGGAUGUGACUUCGACACUCUACCGGCAAUGCCUGGCGGAACGGAAGCUGGCACUGGAGGCAGCUGACAAUGCCAGCACAACGGCGUCGGCCAAUAUAACCCCACCGCCCGAAUGCCAAGAACCUUGGGGAAUGGUGCCCGAGUCGGUGUUUCCUAAUUUGUGGCGCAUCAUUUACUGGAGUUCGCAGUUCCUCACCUGGUUGAUUAUGCCAUUGAUGCAAUCGUACCUCAAGGCCGGCGACUUUACGAUCAAAGGCAAACUAAAGUCGGCGCUCAUCGAGAACGCCAUCUACUAUGGCUCUUAUCUGUUCAUCUGCGGCGUCCUGCUCAUCUACAUUGCAGUCAAGGGCGUGCCCCUGGACUGGCAAAAGCUAAAGGCAAUUGCCUCGUCGGCUUCGAAUACCUGGGGGCUGUUCCUGCUAAUCCUAUUACUGGGCUAUGCCCUGGUGGAGGUGCCACGCUCGAUGUGGAACAACGCCAAGCCGGGAUUCACUUUGCAAUAUGCCUACUUCAAGGCAGCCAAGCUCAGCACGGACAAGGCGGAGGCUGAGGAGCAUGUGGACGACAUACUAGAGUCGCUGCAGUGCAUCAGUCGGGUGGUGCCCAACAACCAUGAGCUGCGGCCCUGCGUGGAGACCAUAAUGCGGAAGGUUCCAAUUGAGCUGCAGGAGCGGGCCAGCCGUAAUUUCUCCCGCACUGGGGGCAGCGGAAUGGGAGCGACUAGCUCCACCAUUUUGCCCUCGGAAAAGGCCCUGGUUCGCAUCCACAAGCAGGUGAUCAAAUCCCUGCAGACGCUGCAGCGCACUGAGGCGCUGUGGAGUGUGCAGGUGGAGACGGUGCUGCAUCUGGAGGAUGUGGCAAGGAACAUUCACUCCGCCGAGCGAAGCUUCAAAUCGGAAUUUCCGAGACAACGCACACAGCUGGAGAGGAUCUGCUACAGUGCCACGUUGCAGUGGUAUUGGGAGUGUCUACUGAAGGCGCCGUUUCUCAAGACUCUCUGCGUGGUCACUGCCACCAUGUCCGCUAUGGUGGUGUGGAGUGAACUGACCUUCUUCAGCCGCAAACCCGUGCUCUCCAUAUUCGCCAAUGUGAUCUAUUUGGCGAAGGAAAGCUACGACUUCUUUACCAUUGAAGUAUUCUCCAUGAUGGUUCUGUGCUACUUCUUCUACUGCACCUACUCAACCAUUCUGCGCAUUCGCUUCCUAAAUCUGUACUACCUUGCGCCCCACCAUCAGACCAAUGAGCACAGCCUGAUCUUUAGUGGAAUGCUCCUGUGUCGCCUAACGCCGCCAAUGUGCCUCAAUUUUCUGGGUCUAAUACACAUGGAUUCGCACAUUAUACCAGAGCGAAUGAUGGAAACAUAUUACACUCGAAUCAUGGGACACAUGGACGUCAUUGGCAUCAUCUCGAACGGGUUCAACAUAUACUUUCCAAUGUGCAUGCUGGCCUUCUGUCUGUCUACGUGGUUCAGCCUGGGCAGUCGGGCUUUGAACGCCUUGGGCUUCCAGCAGUUCCUGCAGAACGAAACAAUUGCCACGGAGCUGGUGCAGGAGGGAAAGGAUCUAAUUGCUCGAGAGAAGCGGAGGCGACAGCGAGCCGAGGAGGCCAUGGCCAGGCGCCGUGACUUUAAUCGACCCGAUCCGACAGUGGCCAGCAAUGACUACAUAAAUAAGUACCGGUCAGGUGCUGGCGCCUUGGCCAGCAGUCGCACCCCAGCCGACGGACUACUGCGCGACGGUGACGGCAGCUUUGACUAUGCUGCGGUGGCCUCAUCCUCAGCACUGGGCGUGCCCCGAUCCCUGUCGGAGGAGAUCAAUGAUCGCUUUGGCGUGAGCACCCAAAUGCAGGUGGGAUUCAGGGGCACCAGUGAGUUGGACCAAGACUACGAGGCGGAGCACGAACGCCGCAUUGUGGGGCCCCCGCCACGAGGUCUCUUUGAUGAUGUUUAGGCAAACAAUGGUUUAAUUUAAUUUAAUUUAAUGUAUCUCAAUGUCUGCAAUGUUCCAUAAAUAAUUUCGUUGACGCUUAAGUAUUUUCUGCUGCGGCUGUUCCUCUCACAGGCACUGCACCAUGCACGCCAUUUAAUGAAAUGAAGGCUAAAAACAAAAAAUAUAUAUUGCUAUAAAUCCGUAAAUUGUAGAGCGAA